UCGAGCGAGGUCCGAGGAUCGGACGAGAGAGACAAGACAGAGUGAGAUAGGUGCAGUGCCAGGAAGACGAUUACGAUGCACGCUCACGGCUGAAGGCUCGAAAACCGUUGGUUUUCACAAAAAUAUGGAACAAGCCAAACCGACGCUGCUCUGCAGCUCUGCUGUGGAGAAUAAGGACGACCUGGAAGAGAAAUUCGAAAAAUGCUAUACCAUACUCCAAAACCUGACUGCAGGGUUGUCAGAGAAGGAAGCGCACGAUACUCUGAACAAAGCCGUCUGCAAGGAGAAGACUUACGAGGAGGUUUCGCUUGGACUCUUGGUUGUGAUUCUCUCGGAGCCUCAGGAAGCAGCCAAAAGUUACAGGGAUUUGAACCUAAUUUCCAAGGAUGGAUUAGCCAUCGUUUUAACCAACCUUAAUACACUAGUAUUGGACCGAUACCUCCGAUUUAAUGAUGUGACCCGAACUCAGUUGCUUUGGUUAUUGCGGGAGAUGAUAAGGACUAGUGUUGCUAGUGUGGACAGUCUUUGUUUAAGUUUAUUGAGGCACGCGGCCGGCGGGGACACCUCUCCCCGAAAUUUGUUUCUCGUCGAUGCCCUUUUGAAUAUUUUUCAGGAGAACAGGCCCUGGCUGGACAAAUUCCCUAUUUUAACGGCAUCCGUUGUUUACACCUACCUGCGGUUAAUUGAGGACCACAGUGCUGCCCAUUUAGCAACUCUUAAGCAGCGGGAAGUCACCUUCCUAGUGAACAUCAUUCGAGAGAGAUUUGUUGACUGUUUAGUUAUUGGGAGGGACUUUGUACGCUUAUUGCAAAAUGUGGCAAGGAUACCAGAGUUCGAGAUCCUGUGGAAAGAAUUGCUUCUCAAUCCAAAGUCGCUUUGUCCAAAUUUCACAGGAGUAGUGCAACUUUUACAAACGAGGACAUCCCGGAGAUUUUUGCAGUCUCGUCUCACACCUGACAUGGAGAGGAAACUCGUCUUCCUGACAAGUCAGGUGCGAUUCGGAAACCACAAACGUUACCAGGAUUGGUUUCAGAGGCAGUAUCUCGCUACACCCGAAUCUCAGUCCCUCAGAUGCGACCUCAUACGCUUUAUAGUAGGCGUUAUUCAUCCCUCAAAUGAGCUUCUGUGUUCGGACAUCAUUCCCCGAUGGGCGGUGAUAGGUUGGCUCUUCACGACCUGCACUUCCACUGUAGCAGCCAGCAAUACCAAAUUGGCUUUAUUUUACGACUGGCUGUUCUUCGACCCUGAGAAGGAUAAUAUCAUGAACAUCGAACCCGCGAUUCUUGUCAUGCACAAUUCGAUGAGAUCGCAUCCAGCAGUCACUGCCACUCUUCUCGACUUUCUAUGUAGGAUAAUACCAAACUUCUAUCCAGCAUUUACGGAGAGAGUACGGAGUGGGAUAUUCUCCUCCCUGCGGCAAAUCUUGGAAAAGAGAGUUUUGCCUAGCUUGUAUCCACUUUUCGAUAGCCCCAAAUUAGAUCGAGAGCUAAGGACCAAAAUAAGAGAGACCUUCAAGGAGUUCUGCCUGCCUCCAAAUACGGAUCCAUGUAAUAAGCUUCCAAUAUAUUCAGGUAAAAUGGAGGAACUUUGUAAGGAUCCAAGUCCAGGACUCAUGUUGGAUUCAGGGAACACGGUGAUGGACAAUAAUCACGUUGGACAAGAUUCCGAAGCUGCCUUCAGUGAUGAAGAGGAAGAUAUGCCUUUGAGGAUAGUAACAAAAUCCGAAGAUGAUACCGAUGUGGAAAUCCCCGAUGUGGGGAGAUACCGAUGUGGAAAGAAGACGAAUUGCGUUGUAAAAAAGGAGGAGAUAACCACACAGUUAAAUCUCAUCAUAGAGCCAGAAGAAUUAAAGACUGCUGUAGAAAGUUUGUUCUCGGAGAAUGAUAACGAAUCAAGAUGCCAGACGAUGGAGAGGAUAGUGCAGAUGGUUGUGGAAGACGAGAUAGAAGCUGAAACGUUACCAGCUUUAGCCACUUGCAUUUCUACUAUUCUCGCAUCACAAAUCACAGCUGAUAUUUUUCCUGCAGACAACCUCAACGAGGAAGCUUUCGCAGACAGUAUAAGCACACCGCUUUUCGUUAUGUUUAGGAAUCAAUUUCAGCUUUGUAAAGAGGAAGAUAACAGGAGAAAACUUCUCGCGAGGGUUUUAGCCGAAAUCCAGUUGAUUCAACCGAGGAUAGGUUAUCUUCUUUUGUAUUUUCUAAAAGUCUGGGGCAGAGAAGAAGAGAAAAGGGAAGGAGAACCAAGUAAUGUUCUGAAUGACGUAAAGGCGUCUGUGUAUAAGGACUUUUGCUCCCAAAGAGAGAAGAAACUGGAGUUGUGUUUAAUAGCCGAUUUAAAGCUCUGUCACGAGGACAACAUAUUCCUAUUGUGUUAUUUAGUACCUGACGUUUAUAGAGGAUUUCAGAAUGUAACUUUGGGGAACGUCCAUCUGUUACAUUUAGUUGUUUCGACUGUCGAUUCGUUUCAAUUACAGGAACUGGUAUGUCAGAUUAUGCAAGGUCAUCUAAAAAUGUUAAAGAAAGAGAACUUUUCAGCACUUCUAACUGCCAGUUUAAACUGGGAAACAUUUGAGCAAUACUGCUUUUGGCAAUUGAUAUUUGCACACGAUUUUCCCAUUGAUUACGUUCUUCCAAUCCUGCCGAAACUCCAAUUUAAGGAAAACGCGGAAGCUCUCAUGUCGAUUUUACUGAUGCUCAAACAAGAAAAGCCAACGUUGGAGCUUUUGAAGCAAUUGUUAUGUCGCCAAAGCGUGAACGGUGACAUGUUUGUCGUAUCGGCACUUCAGUAUUGGUGCAGAGAUUACGAGGAUAAGCUUGGCGAGCUCUUGGCAAAUCUUUUGAGUACGCGAUACCCUGCUACAAGUCCAAAUAAGCGAAAGAGAACUGGUCCAAAGCACAACCAACAGUCAGGUCCACCAACCGGUGAACAGGUUUUGGGCCAUUUGGAUAGAUUACGACAACAUUGUUUAUCCGCUUCGGAGUUACAGUUGUUACACUCAGAAGGCAUCCAGAGAGCUCUUCAGCAAGCACAAGCCGCAAGCAGCGAUUCCUUGAGGAAAAGUUAUGGAGAUCUCUUUGCGCUUGCGGAAGUCAACGAGGAAAAUCAGCCAGCCCCGCCACCAACGAGUUCAACUAGGAAACAUGCGUCUGCGUCGGUUGGGAAGGAAAGUACGGCGAAGGAAAGUUACAGGCGAGCAGGUGCCAGCACGAGAGAAAGAAACGCUUUCAAGAGACAACCUCCUCGAGACAGAAACUCGGAAAGCAGUGAGCAAAGUAGCGAAGAGGAGGAAAUCGUGAAAUCAAAACAAGCGAGAAAGAGAAGAAAGACGACGAAAAAGAUAGAUUCGGAUAGCGAAUGACCAGCCAGUGUCUUCACACGUCACAUGGACCACGUUAAGUGUGCGCAGAGAGCUACGCUAGCCUUAAGUAUAGUAAGAUAAUAUAAUAUACAUUAUAGGUUAUUGUAGGGAAUCUUGUAAAUAAACCGUAUGUCGAAUUCAAGCGCGAAAGUUUAGAGAAUCAAUUACUUCUAUAACUUUGAACAGUCACUCAGAUUUUUUGUCCAGUUCCCUUUUACUUUACUGCCUACGAGAUCUGUCGUUCAAAUAUUUUGAAAAAUAGCACUCGAUCAAACUCAGUAUAAAUUGAAAUCAGUCGAGUGAAGUCUCACAUUUUUUGAUUAGUGGUUUCGUCGUUUUUAUAAGUUUGCCACAUCUGCGAAUUGAACUCAAAAUUAAGUUUGAAUAUCAGCAAUUUUUUAUCAGAGCAUACAAAUCGAAGGUCUCUGUAUUUAUACACACCUUUUACCAUCGAUGUAUUUUGAUUCUUCGUACUUUUCAUGCGGUCGAUCGGGUUGAACGAUGAUAGUUUAUCAUAAUUUUCGGCACAGUAUUUUCAGUUUUUUAAAUAUUUUCUUACAAGUAAACGCUUGUGUAUUUUAAAAAAUUGUUUAAGGGACAUUUGUUUUAAUCUUUUAAAUCCUCUGUAUCAAUAUUAUAAUUUUUUAGAGUUUUAUCUAAAAAUCAAUAAUGAUACAGAUUUUGUAGCAAAUUUUUAUCAAAUAUUUCCAGAGCAGAAAUGAUUUACGUCCUCGAUAUCGGCCCGAUGAACUUUCAUUGUUAAAGUUACGUUUGAAAAAUGGUAUUGUACAGUUUCUGUAAAAUCAGUUAAUCCAGACUGGAUAGUCACGUUAUAUAUUUGAUAGGUUGUAAAUAUGUUAAGAAGACAAACUAGGAACAGCAAAAAAGGGGGAAAUAAUCUCCCGUUGAUUUUUCUUCGAAGUUUGUAUUCUCGCGAAAGUUGGUUUGUCUCGAGUUAAAAUUGAAGCUCGAAAUUUUACUUGGUAGACAGAGAACGAAUGUGCGGAAGAGUGAAUGACAAACGAAUUGUAAGAAUGCGAAUAAAAAUGGAAGGAAACAAAGAAGCGAUCGAUCAGGUUUACUCGGUCGCGAGUCUUUUCUACUUGUGUACAAUAUCGACGAUAUUUGAACAUUUAAAUUCACAAACACGAUAAACUUUAAAAAAACGAUGAAAACUGUCCGCGACACUAAAAACAAAAUGUAAACAUUCAAUGUUUUUAACGAUCUUGUACACACAGAUAUACAUGUAAAUAAGUCAAUACAUGGAUAGAUUAUCGUAAUGCGAGUAUUAACAUUUAAUGUUUUUAACGAUCUUGUACACAGAAUACACAUAACUGUAAAUACAUAGAGAUUACCAAAAAUUAA